CUGGUGCAUUUGGAAAUUUAGGCGAAAAAAAACUAGCAAGAGUUAUUUGUCCUGAUAAAUGGAAAGAGGGCUCACGAAAUACAACAGUUGGUACAGACAGGAAACUACACGAGAACAAACUACUCAGUAAACCUGGAAAAAGCCGGUUUAAACCGUACGAGAAUAAAUGCAAGAUUUGCAAGGCGCGAGUUCAUCAGGAACAUGCACAUUACUGUCAAG